ACGGCAACCAGGGGCUGCGGAAGUGCCACACACUCGCGACCUCGAGUCCUUUCCGCCAACGCACCGAACGGUAAUUCGAGUGGGUCAGGCGGUUUUUCGAGUUUCACCGUGUUUUCCCGUGUUUUCCGACUUUUCCGGCGACCGAAGCAAAAGGCGUAAUUUUGAAUGCAGUGAAGCGAACCGGAGGUAAAGCCAAAGUGAACCGAGAUAAAACCGAAAGCAGCAGCUGAGCUGAGCCAUAAAAACACUACCAGCAAUGUUGCUCUUGUCCGCUUAGCGCAAAUAUUUCAUUGACGGCCGGCCAGCAAAAGUAAAAGUUUAAGCCAGCAUUAAAAUAUAUAUGUAUAUGUAUUAGCGGCAGCAGCGUCGAAUGGCGCACUAUGCUGCUCAAGUCGACAAAGACGGCGGCAGCAGCAGCAACAACAUCAGCAACAUCAGCAGCAACAGCAGCAACAGCAGCAGCAGCAUCAGCACUUAAAUGCAGCAACAAGAAAAAUCAGCUGAAAACUGGCAAAUAAAACUCAACGACAGGCAAAAACUAUUAAAUCUCGCUGGAUGCCUGCGGCAAUAGUUAUUGUUAAACAACACAAGGAGCAGCAGCAACAGCAGCACCAACAGCACCAACAGGACCAACAGGACCAAAAGGACCCACGGGCGGCGAAACAAAUUUGCAAUAUAAAUUUAUGCGGAUUUUUGCGUCGCAGCGGCGCCGACGACGUCGACGUCAUCGAAUCGCGUAGCCCAGGCCAUGCUGCUGAUGUCGACGUCGCAGCAGCAGCAGCAGCAGUGGCAGCAACAUCAGUGGCAGCAACAGCAACUGCAGCAGCAGCAACAGCAGCAGCAACAACAGCAGCAGCAACAGCAGCAACAGCAGCAACAGCAGCAGCAGCAGCAGCAACAGCAGCAGCAACAACAAGGGCAGCGGCGACGACGCGCGCAGUUAUUAUAAUAAUGGCGUUAGUUGUUAGCAUAAUGCAGCAGCAGCAACAACAAUCGCUACUCUGGCCAUUCUGCAACGGACUCGCUGCGGCGGCCGCCUCCACUGGGCAUCCGGAUGACUCCGUUGAUGGGCCAACCCUGUCGACAUUCCUGUCAUCAUCGCCAUCGCCGUCGCCCUCAGCAGCAUCAGCAUCAGCAUCCGCAUCAUUCCCAUCUCCAUCUCCAUCUUCAGCCAGUUUUUCAUCGUUUGCGGUGGCGCACGGGCCACAAACGGAAGCCACGAAUCACACUUUCAAGAGUUUAGCCUUCCUGGACGCGUCCUUUGGCUCCGAUCUGUUUGCCCAGACGGACGCGGAGAGGGAGCGCAGUGGCGGAGCGGAUGCGGAGUCGCAGGAUGCGGACACUUCGCAGUCGCUGCCAAUUUUCGACUUUGGCAUGCCGCGCAACAUCACCGGACGCACUGGCCACACGGAGGCCAUAAUUAAAUGCCGUGUGGACAGUUUGCAUGAUAAAUCGGUAUCCUGGAUACGGAAACGUGAUCUGCAUAUCCUGACUGUAGGCACGGCCACCUACACCUCGGACAAGCGAUUCCAGGUGACUGAAUCGAAGGACUCCCGGGAGUGGACGCUGCACGUGAAGUCGCCGCUGGCCAAGGACAGCGGCAUCUACGAGUGCCAGGUGAACACGGAGCCCAAGAUGUCCAUGGCCUUUCAGCUGAACAUCAUCGAAAUCUCCCCGGAUGCCAAGGCGGUCAUCAGUGGGCCACCCGAUCUGCACUUCAAGGCGGGCAGUGCCAUCAUCCUCAACUGCCUGGUGCAGCAGCCGUCGGUGAAGGACAUUGGACCGAUUUACUGGUAUCGCGGCGAGCACAUGAUCACACCCUUCGAUGCGGAUGAUGGACAGCCGGAGCUUCCGGCUGGCAGGAGCGAACAUCCCACAGGGAUACCCGAGGACACGUCCCUGAAUGACAUAAUGAGCGAGGUGGACCUGCAGAUGGAGUUCGCCACACGCAUCGCCAUGGAAUCGCAGCUGGGCGAUACCCUCAAGUCCAGGCUCCGCAUCUCGAAUGCCCAGACCACGGACACCGGCAACUACACGUGUCAGCCAACGACGGCCAGCAGCGCCAGUGUCCUGGUCCAUGUGAUUAAUGAUGAGAACCCCGCUGCGAUGCAGAAGAGCGGGGCGUGUCCUUGCGCCCCCGGUCCGCUCCACCAGCUGCUCCUCCCUCUGCUCCUCCAGCUGCUCCUCCCCCUGCUCCUGCUGCCGGAGUUGUUGUUGCUGCGAGCGGGACCGGCUGCUGGCAACUGAAAGCGCAAGUUGUUAGCACUCUAAUUGCAGCUGAACGAGGAAAUUAUGUUCCAUGACGUCGGAAUUUUUACUCUGUGUACUGUGCUGAGCUGUGCUGUGCUGUGCUGUUUUUUUUAGGAUUCUGGAGGGGAAGUGGGUGGAGGAGGAGGAGGAGGGGCCAGUGCCUGGCAGUGGGUAGGAGGAAAAUGGGAAAGGCAAACAAGGCAGGCGCUUUCCCUUUCAGGCGAAUGUUUGUUUUCCUUUUAAUAUUUACAUUUCAUUGUGCAAAAUGAGACACUGAGCCGGGCACGAGAAUGCAAAAUGCAGAAUGUGAAAUGCACGAGCCGGAGGAGAAGGGAGAUGGGAGAAGGGAGGAGGGUGGAGGGACAAGGCACAAAGGACAAAGGAAGGACGCAGGACAUGGGACACAGGAGCAGAAGGACGACACUCUGUAAAUACCACAAAGAUGCGGCCCCGCUCACAGAUAUAGUUACAGAUACAAAAGUGUGUAUUUUAUUUCAUUACUGCGGCUCUUUUAUGAAGGAGCCGCACACGCAUCGACUUUAUAAACAUUUCAUGCUGUCUCAACAGAAGCAAAGCUAACCGCAAAAAAGGAAGAUAGUAUAAUAAGGGAGCAGCCACGCCCCCAGUCACACACACACACACAGACACACAAGUAACACCCCAAACACCCACACAAGUAACACCCACUAUCCACAAAAGAUUGUAAUAUAUAUGAACAAAAACUCUCAUCUGAUCAACUGAAAGCAAAAACCUAAUUAUAAACACUAACUUGUGCGCAAUUUAUUUAUGGGCAAAAUGAAAUUUAGUCACGCGGCACUCGCCGUCGAAAUGGGAAUGAAAAUUGAAUAAAAUUAAUGUGAAUGCAAUAUGCGAAAAGUGAAAAGUGAAAGCAAAUGCGAAUUCCAAAUUCCAAAUUGCGAAUUGCGAUGGAAAUCAAUUGCGGCAUGCUCGACUAAGUUUUGUGUUGCACAUGCGAGUAAAAGCAUGGGUAGGCAUGAAUUUACUACACGUAAGCCAGUAAGCAGAUUUUAGAUAAUUUAUGUGAUGAUAAAACCAAUAAAUAAAUCAAUGGAAUGAACUCUUUCAACAAUAAACCAAAUACGAAACUAAACGUAACGAA